AGCAACCUAUCGACGUCAACUUAAUGUUCUUAAAAGUUAUAAGCCGCCAAAUAGAUAACACGGACACAGUUUUAUAUGUGCUUAACCGUUCUUUUGGGACAAUGCCGAUUGCAAAUGACAAAGAAAUCAAGAGUGUUUUUAAAGAUAUGACAUCAGAUCACAUGGUGUCAGAAGCCGGCUUAGGACCAGAAGCAUUUCUUCCAAACGGUAAUGUUUUCAUUCCAUCUGCUAAAUCGUCUGAUGUUAACUCAAAUCCCUGUGCUAGACGGAGAGGUCGACAGCCGAGUUUUACAUCCAGAUCCAUUGAAGAAAAUAGUGUACAGAGUUACCUUGCCACAGCAUCAGGAAACAUAGUUUACGGGUUGUCUCCCAUGCCUGACCAAUCCACCAAAGCGGAUUUCCACCCCGACAACAACACUAUCAGUGAUCAGACACAGUUUUCACAUGGAGAUCCAGUGCCAGGUUAUUUUGAUACAGACGCCAGCUGUCACCAAAGAUCCAAUCUUUGUCACCAUAUUGGUAAUGGUAUUAACGAACACAGUAUGGUCAGUAUGAACUCUGAACCGACAGAAAAUUUGGCGCAAACAAGUUCUACUCAAGCCAGCUAUGAGGCAAGAAUGGACCAUUUCGUUCAUGAGGCUGGUCAGUUUUCCACAGAGUCCGAAAGUGAGCGAGAUGUGGGGUUUUCUGGCCACAGCACCAGUAGUAGUUGUCAGUUGGAAACAAGUCCCACAGAUCAAGAGCAGGUCGGUAGUGCUUGGAACAAUUUUCCUAUCGAUUGGUCAGACGCAGAAGCAGAUAUUUGUCUGCAUGGAAACAACAAAAUUGAUGAUCUCAUAUAUCAUUUUGAUAAGUUUUUCCGUGGACAGAUAGACAAUAAACUUAGCGAGAUGGGCGAUUUUAUACACUCUUUGAUGACGGAGCAGCAGACCCACGUGAGAUAUAUUGUCAACACGGCGGUCACAAACAGUCAGACUUGGGUAUCUGUUGAAAAGGACACAACACUUGGAUCUCCUGUCCGAAAAAUGACCCGCCUCUCCAGCGGUGAAACAGGACCGGAUAGUCUAGCGGUUACAUCACCUAUCACAGACCACGUAGAUUUGUCUGAUGCAUUCCUGUUCCAGAUGCGAUGACACCACAGUUUCUGGACAAAUCGGCACAAGUGUAAGUUUCCAUUAGGCUGAGUUUCUAUGCAUUUCAUUAAGUUUCGUUCUGUUAACUGUCCAUUGCAUCUCUGUUGAAUUAUUCAUAUCUCGGCGAGAACCUAUGUGACUGUCAAAUAUCAGAUGUUACUGGAAGAUUCAAGCCCACCAGGGAGUACAUAUCAAUCAGACUUACAGUUUAAGUUAAUACCAAAGUUCAUUCCAAGAAAGUUCGAUCGCAAAUAAUGGAUUAUAUAGCACUUUUGUCAUUUGACAGUAUAGUAGGCAAGUGUUGAGCAUCAAACGAAAAUGGCUAGGUUUUGACUUUUACCUAUUUAUACACCUCAAAGACCAAUGGGUUACGUAGAUAUAAUAAUGUUCCUGACAGUGAGCUAAAAUUUCACAGAUUAAUACAAAAGCCAUGCAGGCCCAUGCCUGUUCAUUACAAUUAAGAAAUGUUCCUCGUCGGAAGAUGAAGGUCACACACACAAAUGUGGUUAGACAUGCUCCCCGGCGGAAUCGAAUCUUCCCUAAGCACCCAGUGGUCAAAGUGUUUGAGCAACGUUUCUUUAGCCCAAUCGGUAGAGCGCUGAACUGGCAAUCCCGUGGUCUUUGUUUCGAAUCCUUGGUAGCAUGACUAACAAAUAAUAACUAAAUAAAAAGAUUUUCAGGAUUACUUCAGAAGAUUCUAUAUGUGGCAUUGACAUUUGUAACCCAACUGCCCGAAGGUCAACUAAGUAUAUGCCCUGACGAGUCUGUCAUCCGUCGUCAGCAUUUUUCUGUAAGCGACUUCUACUGAAAAACCCAGCGGUGAAGGUCAUGAUUUGUGGUCAGUAGCAUGCUAAGGUGAUGGGCUAUCAAUGUUGUUCAUAUGAAUGACCUUGACACACUUUCAAAGUCAAAGGAGUCAAGUGUGUCAAAAUAUUUUUCUGCAUAGCCAAGAUGUCUAUGGUCAUGAUAGUUUGCUGGUUGUAUGCUGAGAUUAAGGGCUAUGGAAAUUUUUUAAACUGAAUGACGUUUUAAAAUAAGGUUGUUUUCAAAGUAGCAUAUGUCAAAUAUAUCCGUGCGGGGGCGGUGACAUUUCGCCAGUAGCAUGGUGGUACAACAUGCUGUCAAGUUUCAAAUGCCCUUGGCCUAUUUUCUUGGUUAGGUAAAUUAAAUGUGUUGAACAAACUUUACGGUUUUCACAUAUGUCCUCAAUGCAUAGAAAGAAAUAUUUGGCAUAUUGCAUGAUGGGAUAACACUCAACGCUGCUUGCUGUCAAGUUUGUUUAUUAUAACGUCAUGAGAUGUGUUUGCCAACAGCAUUGAAUAACAUUUGUGCGAUACGUAUACACUGGACCUCUUGUCAACUGCCUUUCUUCGUUUUUUGCGUUACAUGUAUAUAUAAAUAUUAUCGUUAAAUAGCAAUGCUUCCUUUGGUUAAACCAUUGCGUGCAUUUUAGCGACGUUAAUGUAAUGUCGAUUACGGCAAGUGACCAAAGGUAAUAUUGUAUUAGAUCCAGAACAUAACAUGCCUUUUCCCAUAUCACAACCUGUAUAUGAGCUCAAGACCACAAUAUCCGCGCGAUAGCCACUCGGGCUUGUACCGAUAUGAUAUGUUAAAAAGUCAGGUUAUGUCAUAUUGUGACACCAGCAUGUAUUUGCUGUUCUGAAGCAGUAUCAUGCGAUAAAGGAGGUUCAUGAGGUUUGCAAAAUGGACCUGUGAUACAGAGUAAAACGAGGACUGAUAGAGCCAUUAAAUGGUAAAGCAACUAAAUGGCACAACUUAGCAACCAUAACUUAUAGUACCCAAUGCUAGUGACUGGGCACUACCAUUUGUAUCAACCAAAGCGCAUGAUAAAACUCACAAUUUCUCUCAUAUAAGGCCGUUUCAUUCUGACAUGAAGCUAACUGUCGUUACACGAUUCUCUAUUUUUUUUCUUUUCUCGUCGUUAGAGAUGAUGAGAGAACCAGACUACUACUUAAGAUCCUAGCUACGUCCUGUGCUGUAGGAGGGGUGUUACUUCGUCCAGAGUUCC